AUCAAAUGGCACUUCAGCAAGGAAGCUCUUCUCGUCGCCAGACCCUUCCUCCCAGCCAGGUGGAUUGUAUAUGGUGGAAGAAGGGCUACUGCUAUCGGGGCACCAAAUGCUACUUCCGUCAUGACGCAGCUCUCGCGGGGAUUGACAAGGAUAAGGACAGCCCGCGGACUGCCAAAUCCACAGAACCAGGGGUAUCUCGAUCUCCAGAGCCCGCUUCCCCCUCCACGGGACCCGCCCAGCCACGGGAAUCAUGUGCAAUCUGUCUGGAGGUGCCGGUCACUUAUGGGCUUCUGAUCCAUUGUGAUCAUGUUUUCUGCCUGGAUUGCAUUCGCAGCUGGCGCUCCUCCUCGAACAACGAACAACCCGAAGACCCUGAUUACAUGACAGACCAAGCCGCGCUUUCGAAAACUACAAAGACUUGUCCGUUAUGCAGGAAAAAGAGUACCUUCAUCGUCCCAAGUUCCAUAUUUCCCACUCCGCCGAUUGCCGAUAGUUCGGCAAGCACACAAGAUAAGAAGCCUGCUAGCGGGCAAAACAACUUGGAAGGUGCGGAAGAAAUUAAGAACCCCGUUAAAGAGGAAAUCAUACAAGGUUAUCUCUCGAGAUUAAAGAAAAUACCCUGCCGAUACUUCAACGAGGAAGUUAGGCGCUGGCGCGAAGCUAUAACUAGGUUUGAGACUGGGCACACAGCAUCUCAGCCCCUGCCCGAGUUGAGCUUCCAGCCACAGUGCUACUUUGCGAACGAGUGCCAUUACGCCCACACUGAUCCCCUCACGAACGAACCAUAUAUUUUUUCUCAACUUGAAAUUAGACGCAUGAAGCGCAAAAGAGCCGAGGAGAGGAAUCGACAGCUCAGAGCCCGAUUCCAUUAUGGACCUGCCGAACAGUUGGAAAUGUUGACACGCACCAUCGAAGCGUUUUCCUUCAACGACGAUGCCACAAGAGACUCGUCAUUCCCCAACGGAUCGGGGCAUUCUUUGUCUCCCUUUUCAGAACCUGAAGAUGAGUUGCAAGAGCUGGGUAUUAUGCUUUCAUUGUCAAGGCUAAGACCUAUCGGUCAUCCCGGGCCUGUUGACGACCCAUUCGAUUCCGAUUACGACGGUGUCCUUUUUAUGGACUCUGGUCUCGAUGACUGCGAUAGCGACUUUGAAGAUUAUGAAACUGUGGCCUAUUAGCUCGCCCUCCCAUCGAUGGCAUUGACAUUGAGUGGAAAACCUAAACUUUGAAUAACAACCCAAAUGUUCAUUUUCCUUAUUCACGUUGAUGGGGUUAAUUGGAGGAUGGAUAUGGGGCUUCGUUUAUGAAUCCAUGGUUUGCUUCAACGGCGUUUGUCGCGAUGGAGUUAUUUCUGGGUUAUACAUAUGUAACUAGGUAGUUCGCUUUUUCCUCUUUUUUUCAGCACA